CGGCCGAGGUGCCAUCCCUGCACAGCUCCAGCUUGAUCCGGGACACGGGGAGGGUGCGACAGGAAAUGGGGAGGCUGUGACCCCUGCACAGAUCCAGAGGGAUGCAGGACAUGGAGCAGGUGCAACACCUGGACGGCUCCACGUUGAUCCAAGAGGGUGCAACACUGCAGAAUUCCUGCUUGAUCCAGGACAGCUGGAGGCUACAACCCCUCCACAGCUCCAGCAAGGUCCUGGGGGCUUCUCCUGGUCCCCACUUUCCUGGUGUGGCGGAGGUGGCAGGACAGGGAGUGUCACCGGGAAGGGACAGCGGCACAACCCUGUGACGGCUGUUGGUGUCACCCGUCGGCAGCGGCUCCACGGGAUCCAGGCGGAGCAGGAUGCAGUUGGAUUCAUUACCCAAGGUAAUUAAAACCCAGACCAAACCUGGGGUACCUCGUGGUUGGGGGCUCAGGGAGGUCACGCCGUGGUCCAUGCCCCUGCUCCGGGUGCUCUGCGUCUGGAGCAGGGAUCAGAAUGGAAAACCUCACUGUUCCUCUGGAAUCCCUGCUUUUCUUCCGUCUUCUUUAUGCCCUAAUUCUAAGAAUGGGUUUUGGGUUUUUUUUUUUCCCUGGGCUGCCAUGGUGAUCCUGCUGAGCUCUCCAUCCGUUUCUUGGAGAUGGAGCUUUUAUUCCACCCACCAACCAACACCCGGCACACGCCGGCACCGGGAGGUUUGGGGUGUCCCUCACAGGUGAGAAGCUUUUCCUGCACGGUGUUCCCGGGAUGAUGUCACACCUCGGGGUGAAACACUCGGUCUCGGCUUUGCCUCAGGCAACCCCUUGAGAAGCGGGGUGAGAGAAGCCGGAGCGAGGCUGGAGCCGAGUCCCGCGGAGGAGCGGGGGAUAAACAGCCGUAAAUCACGGGAUCACCGCACGUUCUUCCCUGGCGGGAGCACGGCCAAGCACCAGGCGCUUGGAUCAACUUCAGCACAUUUGGGAAUGGCCUCGCCUGCCCCGGCCUGCACCGGGAGGACCUGCCCGUCUCCUCAUCCCACCGGGAGCUGCUCAUCCCUCUGCUCACGGUCCGAGCAUCCCUGAGGAGGAGCUGGGAGAGGGGUGGUGCUGUGGUGGUCCCCGAGGCUUGUUCGCACUCUGCGUUUCCUCCUGCCCAGCCCCGCUCUGGCACGGCGCUGCCCGGCACACGUGGCCCCGCUGGAUCGGUGCCACCCGGCGUGCCCGGCUCCGUCCCGACUGGCUCCGUUUGGGAUGACGUAACCCCGGCCGCUGUUGCUUCAGAAGGAUCCAGGCUCGGGAUGAGCCCAUCCCCCGGCCGCACCUGUCCGGUGGGACAAGGUCCGGUGCUGAUCCUUUCCCGGCUCCGGCCACGCGCCCGGCACGAGCUGCCACCUCCCUGCCCCAUCCCCGCUCCGCUGGGAUUUUGGGAAGGGCCGGAUAAGCCCCGUGCGAUAACAGCGACCCGACCCGCGAGGUGGCGGCCAGGGGAGGUGGCGGAGGAUGUAAGGAUGGGAAAUCCGCGCUUGGAAUGCUUCCUGCAGCGCUCCUGCCUCGCACAUCAUCCCCUCUCCAUCACCCCGCUCCGCCAGCACCGGCUGCUGGAGCACCGCCGGCAGCAGCACAUCCAGCCUUUGCACGAGAGUUGGGAACAAAUCCUGCCCUGAAGCCGCCGGUUUUCUGCAGGAUGCUGAGGAGAGCGAUGCCGAACGCGCUGCGGGGCGUCGGGGCCGCACUCACCUGCCUCCGGCUCCUGCUGCUCCUCUCCGCCGUGGAUUCCCGGCCCCACACGUGGGACCAGGACAGGUUCCAGCUGGAAGCCGUCAAAAAGGAGAUCCUGGAGCGGCUGGGAAUGCCGGCUCCCCCCGUCAUCCGGCGCCAGCUGGACCAGGAGAGCAUCCAGAGAGCGCAGCGGCUCUACCAGCAGCAAGUGGCGGAGAUGGCGCGGAACCGGAGCCGGGAGGAGGAGGAGGAAGCCGCGUCCAGGACCCGGCGGCUGCACCGCCUGACCCCCACCUUGCUGCGCUGGCCGGACAUCCCCGAGGGGCACCAGGACUCCCACGGACACCGGGACCCCCGCGGUCCCUACCGCUACCACCUCCUGCUGUCCCGCACCGAGGAUUUCCACCGGCAGCUCCGGGUGGUGCAGGCGGAGCUGAAACUCUUCAGGCAGUCGCUGUCCCUGCCCGGCUCCUCGGUGCCACCGCGGGUCACCAUCUACACCCUGCUGGGGGCAGGCGGGACUCCCCAGCUCCUGCGCAGCCAAGAGCUGGACCGGGAUUCCCGGAGCCUGGACCUGACAGGAGCCAUCCAGCCCUGGGUGGCCGGGCCCGAGGCCACGCUGCGCCUGCAGCUGGACUUCACCGCCAACAUCUCAGCCGCCCUGGCCACCUCCGUCGGGGAAACGCUGGUGCUGGAGGUGGAAACCCAGGAGAACCCGGGCCGGGUGGCCAGGAGAGCCCGGGGGCUGGAGGAGGAGUGCGGGAAGAGCGAUGGGAAGUGCUGCCUGAAGUCGCUGAAGGUCUCCUUCCAGGACAUCGGCUGGUCGGACUGGGUCAUCGCCCCCAACAGCUACUACAUGAGGUUCUGCGAGGGCUCCUGUCCCCACAACUACAAACCGGCCAGCAUGCACGCCCAGAUCAAAUCCCGAGUGCACUCCCUGUCCAAGGCCGCCCCCCCGCCCUGCUGCGUCCCCGCCGGCUACGACCCCAUGGUGCUGAUGCACUACAACAGCGAGGGCAGGCUGGUGUCCAGCCUCUUCGAGGACAUGCUGGUCACCAGGUGCCACUGUGCCUGAUGGCAGCGCUGGCAGUUCCAACCAGGAUGUGUCACCAUGCAGGUGGGGCAGAGCCACCCCGACUCCUGGCAGCUCCAGCGUCCCAAAAUCCAGAUCCCGUGGCACCAAAUGACUCCAUGCCAACCCUGGAUCCACCACUGAGCUCAGCCAUGGGGUCUCCAGUAUCAGCAUCCCAAAAUCCAGGUCCUGUGGCACCAAAUGUCUCCAUGCCAGACAUGGCUCUGCUGCCCAGUUCAGCCCCAGGGUCUCCUCCAGUUGUGAACUCUCCCCCACAACAACUUAUCCCCCCAUCUCUUCUCUUAUUUAAAUCCAUAUUUGAUGGAGCAGGUGGAUCCUUCCCACCCAAGAGACCCCAGAUGGGCCAUGGAGAGUCUGUGCCCAGGUGUCCACAUCCUACUCCAAACCCUUUUCUCUGCUCAGAGACUUAUUUAUGCAACCCAGUUAUUUAUUUCUAACUUAUUGUAUUUUAUAGCAAAAUAUCCUUUUUGGAGGGGGAAAGAGGGAGUGGUUUUUGAGUAUUUCUGUUUUAUAUAUUUCUAUAAAACCGGGAGGA